AUGAUCAGCAACUUGGGCAGUAGCUCACCAAUUCCCAUCUGGGCUGAUGUCUGCAGGAAACAAAGGAUACGGAUAGCCAUAAUCGACACGGGUAUCGAUGAAGGUGACAUCACAAUCGAAGAAGCCAUGGAUGAACGCAUCAAGGAAUGUUGCGGGUUCGUCAAUGGCCCAGACGCAGAGCCAGACCCUAGCGAUUACGACGAUCAUGUCGGUCACGGAACCCACGUAGCGAGGCUUAUGCUGAAGAUGGCACCAUCGGCUGAGCUUUACAUUGCCAAGAUCUCCAAUGAAUCCAGCAUUCAGACGACAGACCUGCAUUGUGUUGCAAGGGCUAUCAAAUGGGCCCACAAGGAAAAAUGUGUCCAUAUCAUCUCCAUGUCCUUUGGGCUGAAAAUCCCAAGCAAUGCAGAGACAGAUAAGGUCAUCAGGUCGGCCAAAAGUGCUGGAAUAACCAUGUUUGCCGCCGCUGCCAACAGCGGCGGCAACCAGCCUCGUGCGUAUCCGGCCAGCCGCGGCUCUCCCGUGAUCUGCGUGCACGCCAGCGAUGGCCUGGGCAACGACGGCGGCAUCAGCCCGGAUCCGCUGCCCGAUGAAUGCAAUUUCUCCACCUUGGGUAUCUCUAUUGCGUCCAAAUGGAAGGGAGACGAUGUCUUGAAGUCAGGAACUUCGUUUGCUACCCCAAUUGCAGCUGCUCUAGCGGCAGACGUCCUCGAAUUUGCUAGACACAGGUGUGACCUAGAUGAGUCCGAACUCAAAAGCUUGCGAGAGCAUGAUGGCAUAUACAAGAUCCUGAAACUUAUGGCCCGCAAACGUCAGAAUCACGACUAUCUAACGCCUCUUCAUCUCUGGAAUGGAGAAAACGACGACGAGGCUAUUGUAAAGAAACUGUAUAAGAUUGUCGAUCGAUGA